GUGAGCACGUGGUCCUUUCGGGCGGACCCGAGAACAAUAGCAGUAGCAGCAACAGCAAUCCACCCGGAGAAGCUGUUGUUGUUGUUGGAAGCCCGAAUCUAACAGGCUCCCUUCGAACGUUGCUGAUCAUCGCGCGUCCGCAGAACCAACUACUGCGAUACUUGAAUGAUCUCCGAUAGAAAGACUCGUGCUUAAAUCCCUCGGCUGCCUGCCUAUCCCCUCUUGGUUUUCCUUGAGCGCAUUGCACAGCCCCGCGUCCCGUGGUUGUGUGCCUAGUGACAUGGUUCCCGUCCUUGCUGCACCACCACCCGUCUACGUAGCGAUGUCUUUGCCAUCGGAAGACCCUUCCGCCCUUUUGCAUGUCGAGUGGGAUUCGUCGCAUACACUGCACAGUCACUACAGCUCGGUCAGAGACCCUACGCCGUUGCCGACCUCGACCCCUGAUGACAUAUUACUCGUGCAGUCUUCGGCAGGAUGUUCGGAGGUUCCUUGGUCUACCUUCGAUUCUACGCCGAUUUUUUCCACAGAAUCGGCAGCUCAGGAGAAUGUGGUUCCGUUUACGGUGGCGUCCUACUACCGACCUUGGAUCUCUCAGCAGCCGCUCGCCACCAGAACUGCUAUCCCAACAGUCAUAGGCGCAGUCGUUAUUGCAUCUAUAUUGGUGUACUUCUGGGCUCGUCGACGCGUCAAGACGGAGAACAUGACCGCUAUAAUACCAUACCGCUACACACCCGUUGAACCGGCACCAGCCCCCCGUUCUGCGCGAAAACAGGGUAGCAUCGGUCAUUCGCCACCCUUUGAUUACUACUUCCCACUCCACCGGAACUUUCUCCCUUCUUUCUCAACACACACUCAGACGCAGGCGACUGCAGACCCCACGGAGGAUCCGGACGUAGAGUCCCUCAUCUUGCCCUCUUGUCUGCCAGCGGAGGAUGAUGAACCGAUUCGCGUAGAAGAGCAGAGAAGAGAGCGGCAGCUACGAGAGAAGUUGCGUUCAUCAACGUCAAGAAAAGGGAGGCGACGGACCCAUUACAGCGCGGGCGAUCGUCAUACUUCUCCGUCAUCGUAUAACUUCAUUCCUCGUAAUCUCAGUCAAAGCCUUCCCGCGCUUCCCAAGCCCAUUGUGGCAUCCAUCUAA